UAAUAAUACUUCUUGAGUUCACCAUUUUCUCACGUAAAUCUCCACCAAACAACCCUACCCCCACCCUCACGCAAUUUCCAUACAAAAAAAUAUAUUGAACAUUAGUCCCCAUUACCUCAAAGAACAAGAAGACCAAAAAAAAAUGAAAUUUUGUAGUAAAAAAAAUUCUCUUCAUGUUCUUCUUGUUUACUACAUGAUAAUUAUAUUCUUAUAUUUCGUUCACCGAUCAAAUGCUUCGUCGAUACAAUCUUUCGUAUACGGUGGAUGUACACAACAAAAAUAUAAUCCGGGCACGGUUUACGAGUCGAAUGUCAACUCGCUACUCACUUCCUUAGUCAACUCAGCAUCAAUGUCAAAUUUCAACAAUUUCAAGAUUUCCAUGCCCGGUUCCACUCAAUACGAUGUCGUAUACGGUCUCUUUCAGUGCCGCGGUGACUUAGACAGUUCUGAUUGUCACAACUGUGUCGCCGCGGCAUUGACUCAGCUUGGAACGCUCUGCCCCGUCUCGUGUGGCGGAGCGUUGCAGCUGGACGGGUGUUUUAUAAAGUACGAUAAUGUUUCGUUUCUUGGGAUUGAAGACAAAGGAAUUGUCACACAUAAAUGUGGACCAUCCAUUAUGGAUGAUUCGGAUAUGAUGACCCGAAACGACGGCGUUUUGACGUAUUUAUCAUCUGUGGGUCAAUAUUUUCGGGUUGUCGGGUCAGGGAAAAUACACGGUGUAGCGCAGUGUACGCAAGAUUUGAGUAUGAGUGAGUGUGAUGAUUGUUUAUCGGAGGCGAUCAGACGGUUGAAAAGCGAGUGUGGGUCCUCACCUUGGGGAGAUAUGUUUUUAUCCAAAUGCUACGCGCGGUUCUCGGAGCGUGGAUUCACGUCUAAAAGUGGAGAUGAAGAUGUUGAAAAGACACUAGCAAUUACAAUUGGGCUCAUAGCUGGUGUGGCAGUCCUCAUUGUAUUCCUUUCUGUUCUAAAUAAGCUUUGUGAAAAGAAAGGUGGUAAAUAAAUAAAGGCAUGCACAUCUUGGUCCUUGUGAAUAACUUUCUUUUCCAUUGCUUCUCACUUGGGUAAUUAAAUUGCUUUUUUUGUUUGUUGUUGGUGCUCUUUAGCUUUUGUAAAUUAGUUCCCACUUUAUUUUCAAGUUUCCCUUCCUAUAUCUUCAAAACCGAAAAAAAAAAAAACUCAAAAGAUUAGCUAAAAGGUGAUCGGCCUCAUCUUGCAAUAAUAGGAGUCUAUUGGCAAUGGCCUCUAUAUACUCUUUUGUAAAAGUGUUCACUUUAUGCUAAAGAUAAAUGUGGAGUUGGUGCA